GACACGCACAUGGCCAACGACGCUUGACUCUGGUCUGGCAUUGAUGAUGUCGUAAGCCUAAACCAACGGUAGGUGAGGUGCAUUGUACGCCCCAUCCUCGUCGUACACUCGACCGUCAAUUCGGCCGUAGCCAUCUCUUCUUACGCCAGUUUACCCUUUCACAAAUUUUGUGCCAUAUUGACACAGGUGCCCACGAUGUUUGGCCGCAAGAGGAGGAACAAUGAGGAGACUGGUGACGACUUCGUCCGCAACAGCACACAUACCGAGCGUACCCUCACAAACGACUUUGAGCCCUCGAAAGCGCAAGUCAAACGAGCUACGCGGACACGUCUUUGCUGGGCUUUGAUCGCCUCCUUCUGCCUACUCAUUGCUGUGGUUUUCCUGAUACUGGUCGAACUCGGAGACACUCAGGUCAACUCAACGCUCAACCAAAUUUAUUUUAUCCGACUGGACUUGACCAACAUCAUCCCCGUAACCGUGCCUGAUGCGACGCUUAUAAAUUCUAUUGCGCAAACUCUUGGGUUGCACGAUUUCUAUACCGUAGGAUUGUGGGGCUUCUGCGAAGGAUACAAUGGUCAAGGCACCGUUGAGUGUUCCGCUCCGCAGACUCUGUACUGGUUCAAUCCUGUGGAGAUCCUGCAGAGCCAGUUGCUGUCAGGCGCUACUAUCGCUCUACCCGCAGAGGUCAACGAUAUCCUUAGUCUCAUCCGGACGGUCUCGAAUUGGAUGUUCGGUCUCUUCCUCAGCGGCGCCUGCCUGUCAUUCUUGAUGAUAUUCCUCGUACCAAUAUCAGUCUUCAGUCGAUGGGCCACCCUGCCCAUUAUGAUGUUCACAUUCCUGGCAGCGCUCCUUGUCACCGUUGCCGCGGUCAUUGCGACGGUUCUGUUCACAAUUAUGCAGGACGCCAUCACCAGCCAGACAAGUCUGAAUAUCGGUGCAAGCAUUGGCAGGGAGAUGUUUGUUUUUAUGUGGAUCGCGGCGGCUACCAGUAUUCUGGCAUGGCUGAUCAUGCUCGGACAGUGCUGUUGCUGUGCAUCGAGAAGAGAUGUCAAGACUGGGCGGAAGAGGGGAAGCAAAAAGGCAUGGCGCAAUGCAGAGACGAUGGGCGUCGGUGAGAAAGGGCCGGAGGAGAGGCGCGGUCGUUUCGGUAGACGGAAGGUUUAAAUAAUACAUUAGCGACGGGGUUUGGCUGCAUGAUGUCUGCGAUGGAAAGCAGGAUAGCAUGGCGUUCAGCAGGGCAUGUAUCUUUCACGAGCAAUAUUCAGACAUCGCGUAGUUUUGAAGCCGUUGGCGCAUUCCGCAUCAUCAUCGAUUGCGAGCGAAGCUUGGUACCAGUUUGGGCGGCUUGAGAUUUUUCGUAUUGAUGGGAUAACGAUGCAGAGGAAUGGAUGCAACAAAGUGAACAAUCUACUCAUCGAG